AAAAAGGGGUUCUGUGCCUCAGUGAACAGCCUUGGAGAGGAAGGGGGCAGCGGCCGAGGCGGGCGGCCCCGCGGCUUCGGCGGUGACACCAGCGAGAGGCCGGGCGGGCGCGGGCGCCCGGAGGAAGCAGCCGAGGCGCCUGCAGAAUCCAAAUUAUUGUGUUUUUUAAUGCUUUGUCCCUUCCACGCGGCUGUUUAUCCCCCUUUUUAGUUAUCUAAAAAACCGGAUUCUGCGCCUCGCUUUCUUCCCGCGAGGUGACGGUGAAGAACUUGAUGUCAUUUGAGCAGGACAAUUAAAGCUCCGCCGAAACAUUAGCCAGGCAGCAGCUAUAGGAUUACUUUCUGCAGAAAGGAGCAUCGCUGUGUUACAGCGCGAUGAGGCUGUUACUCACAACCGUUUCAGGAUGUUGUCGCAGCAAAACACGGUUUUGGGGCUUGGUUUUUAAGCGUAGAGAUUAAUUUCUGCAGCUUCAAAAUACAGUGAGAUGUGUUGUGAAACGCCUGCUGUUUGUUUGUGGAUUUCGGAGCAUGAGGAAAACAAGGAAACGUGCCUGAGUGCUGCCGAGAGGCCUUGGAGAUGAUUCCCUGAAACCAGGAGGAUGCCUGGCUGUUUUAAAAAGACAUUGUUUGCCUUGGCUGCUCUAGUGAGUUUUGUGUCGUUUCUCUUGAUCGUUGUUGCGAUGGGGACCCCGAAGUGGGUGACUGGAAAGAUCCUUUGCAAAACAGGAGCUGAUUUGGUCAACGCCACGGAUCCGGAGCUGGUCAAGUUCAUUGGAGACAUUUACUACGGACUCUUUCGGGGCGGGAAAAUACGGCAGUGUGGGUUGGGCGGGCGGCGUUCCAAAUUCACAAUUUUCCCACACAUGGUGAAAAAGCUGAACACAGGUCUGCAUGUGAUGAUUAUAAUGUUCCUCUGUGUGGCCAUUUUCUUUUCUCUGGUCAGUUUUGGAUUCUGCAUUCUUAACACAAUAAAAGUUCCUUACCGGGCUAUUAAAGGUCCAGCAGGAGUAUGCCUUUGGAACUUCCUUGCAGGUGGAUUUGUAGUACUCGCAGUCACCAGCUUCAUGGCUGCUGUGAAACUUCAUCACCUCACAGAAAGAAUUGCCAAUUUUCGGGAAAUUUUUCUAUUUGUUAUCUUAGAAGAACGGUUUGAAGACUGUUUUUGGCUUUGUGUGGCAAGUGCCACAACACAUGCAGUAAAUUUGCUGCUAAUAGCCAUUAGUGGGAUUAAUUUCCCUAAAAUUAAGACUAAACCAGAAGAAGCAAAUGUUACAGCAGAAGAUAUCAUGUACUAAUAAAUCUACAUAAAACUACUUUGGUCAAGUGAAUUGUCUUGAUGGAAACAGCUUCUUGGCUCUUCAGCUUUUGAUUUGGGUGGAAGAUUUUGGUACAAAUAUGAGUAAAGAUGUCACUUGUGAAAAUCUGCAUUAUUUUUUAAGGUCAGUCUACAAUACCAGCAAUUAAAAUGUGUGGGAAAGGGGGAAAAACAAAUGCUACAAAUAUCAUUAUUCUCAAAGCUGCCCGAUAUCUGCAGUGAACACAUGCUGCUCGCGGUUUUUAGAAAAUUUGCAUUUUGAGAUCUUUUAGAAAACUAAGGUAACAUACAAUUUCACUGAAACCAAGUGUCUUUUUUGUUUAGAAAGAAAAUAAGUGUUUCACAAAUCUUUGAUAAUAUAGGGUUACUUAAAAGCAGAAAGAAUGGACAUUUGCCAAUCACCUUCACAGAAUUAUCUGGAAAAUGUUGAGAGGGCCGUAUGAGAUAUGUUUGAUGAUGUUAUACUGCAUUGAAAAAGAAAAUGUCAUCAUCUGUGAGGCUAAAGUUAAGGGGAAGCACUGGCUAAGUAUGAGUGAAAUGUUUUUAAAACAGGAAUCAUCAAACCCAUAAAGUGAGAAAAGUAAAGUUUAUGGGAUAACAGUAGACUAUGAAAAAAUUAUUAGCUGCAAGAUGAUGGUUUCAUUGCAGCUUCUGGAAGUAAACAGAAUCUAAGUAAUAGUGAUUUUAGAAAACCUGGAAAAUAAUAACCUGACAGAUAAAUUGUUUUAGAACCGUGUCAAUACUUAUGCCUACCUGAAAUCAAGUAAAAGUGAUGUAUGAUGAAACAGUAUUAAAAUGAACAAAAAUGGUUAAUGGAUGGAAAAGUUACUGUGUUAGGAAGUACCAUAAUUUUGACAAUUUUGACAGCCAGUUCUUGGGUCAGAGGUAGUGAAUAUUUCAGAGAAAAUAAUAUGCCAUUAAGCAUGCCAUUUUUAGAAUUUGACUACUAU